UGUACUCACGUCUUGCGUCAACUCAAAAAUCGAAGUAGAUUUCUCCAGGCGUACACUCUUUAUUUUCUGCAUUGCAAUAAACAUUUUGUACAUAAAUUCUUUAACAUGGCCUGUUUAAAACCAUGGGAGCUUACAGCUGUAAAGGAAUAUCCUUAAGGAAUACCUCGUAUGGGAUCGAAAUCUACGCCUCUUUCAGCUAAGAUAACGUUAUUGCAUCUAUUAGCAAAACUUGCUAGCUAAGAAGCUAGCGUUAGCACUUAGCUAGCUCUACCCUACCGUCGAGCUAGCUAUGCAUUAGCACUUUAGCCUAGCUCGCUAACCAGUGACAACUGACAAAGGGCACGGAUGAUGUGAUCCUGAGUGAAAAACAAAGCUUUUCCUGUUUGUGUCAUUACCAACUACGAUUGACACACACUUUAAGUCUCACUUCAUAAGAAUAAUCCGUACAGCAUCCCUGUCUGCAGUUCCUUCCGCACCUGAACCAUGUGAGGGCCCCUCGGUCCAGUCUGAGGGGAUCCCAGGACUGUGGUUGCAAAUACGACCCCGCUGUGCGGGGUGGGACUGAUCCUGUCUGUGUCUGAGAGAGCAGUCUUUCCAGUGCCCCCCUCCCCAUCCACAUAUUCCUGUUCUCCUUACCGAGGAGACACGCCAUGAUGUUCCGGGACCAGGUAGGUAUCCUCACAGAUUGGUUCAAGGGCUGGAAUGAGUGUGAACAGACGGUGGCACUGUUGUCCCUCCUGAAGAGGGUGUCCCGCACCCAGGCUCGCUUCUUACACAUCUGCCUUGAACACUGGCUGGCAGACUGCACAGAGAUCCACAUCCUAGAAGCUGAGGCCAACAAUGCAGCAAUUGUCAGCCAGUGGCAUCAGGAGCCAAAGGAGAAGGUUGUGUCCUUGCUGCUGUCCCAUCUGCCUCUGCUGCAGCCACGCAACAGCGAGGCCAAAUGUGAGUACAUGAAGCUGCUGCAGAAGGUCUUGAGUCACACUAUUGAGAGUAGCCUGUUUGUUGAAGAAAGCAGGCAGCUGCUGUCCUACGCGCUCAUCCACCCUGCCACCACACUGGAUGACCGCACCUCCCUGGCCAUGUGGCUAAACCACCUGGAGGAGCACCUAUCCAGUGGCUACACGCCCCGGGCCCCAUCUAGCCCCUACCACCCGCGCCAGGGCUCAGAUGAAUGGCCCAGCUCUGCUGAAGCUCUGGACCCCGGCCACGCCUGGCACGACCAGUCCCCCUCAUCCAGUACGUCUCCUGCAGGCCAGAACGGACACAUGUCUUUCCCAGGCGGGAUGUCCUCUCCCAUCAACAGCAAUAACACAGGUCUGUGUGGGCAGAUGCAGCCCAGCCCUCUGAAGAAGUCCAUGUCCGUUAUUCCUUCCUGUCCCCAGGCUUGUGGCUCUGAAUGGGUUUGCCAGGAUGACAUAGGGGGCCGGCAGAACUUCAUUCUAACAGACCACGCGCCCCUUUCCCCCCAGAGCAGCGUCGCCUCCUCAGGCAGUGAGCAGACGGAAGAACAGGGCUCUGCUCGCAACACCUUCCAGGAGGACGGCAGUGGCAUGAAAGAUGUUCCCGCAUGGUUGAAGAGUCUCCGCCUUCAUAAAUAUGCAUCACUUUUCUCCCAGAUGACCUAUGAGGAGAUGAUGAUUCUCACAGAGCAACACCUAGAGUCACAGAACGUCACUAAAGGAGCACGGCAUAAGAUCGCCUUGAGUAUCCAGAAACUGCGAGAGAGGCAGAGUGUGCUCAAGUCUUUAGAGAAGGAUAUUUUGGAAGGGGGAAACCUGCGUAACGCGCUCCAAGAAUUGCAGCAGAUCAUCAUCACCCCCAUCAAGGCCUACAGCCCACCCAGUGCAGCGCAGACUGCCCUUGACACGGCCGCCGCCUCGGACACAGCCACCUCCCCUUCAGAAGCUACAAAAACAGGCGCAGACAAAGACCCCGCGUCAGAGGGCUUCCAGUCCCACAACCCACCUCCCUGUGAUGGAGACUCCUCAGCCACACCCAUCUCAGACGGCGACAUUGCUGGACAGUUCACCCGUGUCAUGGGUAAAGUGUGCACCCAGCUGCUGGUGUCAAGGCCAGAUGAGGAGAAUAUCAGCUGUUACCUUCAGCUCAUUGAGAAGUGUCUGACACAUGAGGCUUUCACAGAAACUCACAAGAAAAGGCUGGUCUCCUGGAAGCAGCAGGUCCUCAAACUGCUACGCCUGUUCCCUCGGAAAGCUAUGCUGGACAUGCCUGUGUACAGACAGAAAGGCUGGACCUAUGGGUCCAACUCCCUCCCCACAGCAGGCUCUGUGAGUGGAGUUGUAGGGCGGCGGGGACAAAGGCAGUUCCAGAUGACUUCUCGUGGUCUCCCAGCUGGGCGCAUUGGCCUUCUGAGUCCCGGCGGGAUCGGGGGAGCAUCUUCACGCCACACACUUACUAGUCCUGCGCUGGCAGGCCAGGGUAGACAGAACCUGUGGUUUGCCAACCCUGGGGGCAGUAACAGCAUGCCAAGUCAGAGUCGCAGCUCUGUGCAGCGGACCCACUCACUCCCUGUCCACACUUCCCCACAAACCAUGCUCAUGUUCCAGCAGCAAGAAUGCCAAGUUCCAGGCGCUGACCUGGAGAUCAACCCCACGCUGGAGUCACUGUGCCUCAGUAUGACAGAGCAUGCCUUAGGGGAUGGAACAGACCGGACGUCAACAAUAUGAAAAGAACAAAGGAAAAAUACACUUCAGUUGAGGCCUGUUCAACUCCUCUUCACCCAGCACAAAGAUAUACGUAUGCUUAAGAAAACCAGGCAAAGCAGUCACUACAAAAUGACAAAAAAACUGUGUAUAUGUUCUCUAAUAUUUUUGUACUUUAUUAUAUACAACUAAGUUUAUUAAAAAUGGAAUACAGAUGAUUAUUAUAUUGCAGGACAGAGAAAAAGAAAAGGCAAACUGCUCCAUGUCACCUGCGGGACUGUGACAUGAGGCAUGUGCAGAGGCUCAGUUUGCCGUGGUCUGAGAGAAAAACGGUGGAUUGGUGCUGUCUUAAAGGGGUUCUGCCCUACAAGUUACUCUUCUUUUCCUCCUGCCUUUGGAGCAAGGCUUCUUUCCAGAACACACUAACAGCCGCAGCCCCUGCAACACAUAAUGUGUAGAUUCAGAAAAUGUCCACCCAAAAGUGAGGCACUUUUAUUAAAUGAUCUCUGAUAUUAGCCACUAAACUGUAAUUGGCCCUAGGAUGCACUCGCUGAGGUUCCACUUGUAGACAGGUAUUGGUAAACUGACACCAAUACACUUCCUAGCCAACCUAAUUGUUCUAUAACCAGUGCUAGUGAGGGCUUGUGUUGGUUGAAAGUUUGAAAGCUUUCCUUGGUUCUUUUUAUCCACAGUAGAGGACAUGUUUUUGUGGCAAAGGGUAGGACCAAAAGGAUUGAGGAAAAGCUUGUAACAAACCACAGCCAUUCCCUUUUGUCUUGGUUGCUGUCCCUGAACACAUCAACGCAGAAGUGACUGUCCUCUAAACGUCUACAAAGCCAAAGAGAAGGGUUGUGCGAUUUGAGAUGGAUGUUUGUAGUGAAAUGCAGCAGAAUGGUAUAGUCUUUUUUUUUUUUUUUU